CAAAACCGCGAGAAUUAGCAAAGAAGCUCCGCGGAAAACGCGCGCGCGCGUAUAGGACACAAGCGCGACCUCCAUUGCUGCCAAAUCAGUCGCCCGACUAGUUUAUGUACAAUAUUAUCAACGAAUAUAUUGAAGUCUAUAUUCGUUGAUAUUAUAUAGGUAAAGCAGUUCGCGCGCGCGAUCCGCGGCUUUAUCGCGUUCGAAACAGCCGAACAAGUGAAUUUCCAAGGACACAGGUGGUUGCACCAGGAGUUCGAGAUCAACUAGUCGUUCAGAUACACAAAGAGUAUUUGGAGAACAAGGAUACCGCGGGAGAAGCGCCUUAGAGGUUAGAAACUGCGCCGCUGACUGCUGAGCGGAUCAUCGGUUCUUUGUGUCAUCGACGUAGUAGUCGCCCGUCAGGAUGACGACGCGCCGGCGACGAUAAUAACUGGAGGAUGCCUGCGGUGAUACGGCAAGUGGUAGCCGUCCGGUCUUGAUCUUUGGCUCUGGAAUAAUACUGGUACACGAACAAUGAGCCGGGAUGAGUCUCGACGUUCGAAACGUUGUAGAGCUGACCGCGACUACGAAAUGGGUCCAGCUACUGGUAUCAUGGUCAAUGAUUAUGAUGAUGAGCGGACUCUAGACGAGGAGGAGGCUUUAGAGGGCAGCGAAGAUACUCACAAUGAGCUUUCUCAUCUCCAGAAGGAAAGCGAUAUGCCAUUGAAGGAUCUGUUAGUGAUGUACAACUAUCGUGAUAUAUCGUGCCAGGAUAACAAAGAGGAUGAGGAUGAGGAUGAGGAAGAUGAGGAGGAUGAGGAAGAAGAUGAUGAAGACGAGGAUGACGACGAUCCUGCCAGUUACGAAUCUGAUCUCAAGCAAUUCUACACAGAGAUAGUGAAGGCGGAAGAAAAUGGCGCUAACGUUCGAAAAUCUUCUGUAGUCAAGUCUGGUGAUCCAGCAAGAAGAGGAGAAGCCGCGGCUCUUAUUCCAGCCAUUGACGCUCACACAACCUCAUCCAGCGCAGAUCCAAAAGUUGAAGACAGCUCGGGUGUCCCGGAAAACACAUCAGGAGACGCUCAGAACGCGGGUUCCAGUGAAGUAAGUUCGACUACCGACAACGUCAACAGCACCUCCGCUACGGCGGGCAACGUUGGAAGUGUCGGUGGCGGAAGUGGUUCAUCUAGACUCUUACGCAGCGUUUCACGACCCCAAAGCGAAGAGGAGGAGGACGACUGCGAUUAUAGUCCGGACGACGAGGAGGAAUGGAAAAAGACGAUAAUGGUGGGCCAAGACUACCAAGCGGCUAUACCUGAGGGCCUUUGCAGGUAUGACGACGCACUGCCCUACGAGAACGAAGACAAGAUGCUUUGGGAUCCCUGCCAUAUCAACGAGGAAGCGGUCGAGGAGUUUCUCGAGAAAGCCCAGUUGCCCGUCGUAAAGGGUAGCUCGCUACCAAGUGGUAGCCACGUACGAGACGACGAGCAGGCACUCUACCUGUUGCUGCAGUGCGGCUACAACCUGGACGAAGCACUUAGGAGGCGCAGAAUGAACGUACUGCCACCCACCGAGUCCGUUAGCCUCUGGUCUGAAGAGGAAUGUCACAAUUUCGAGACAGGGCUCAGAAACUACGGCAAGGACUUCCAUCUCAUACAAAAAAAUAAGGUAAGAACGAGAUCCGUGGGUGAGCUCGUACAAUUCUACUACUUAUGGAAGAAGACUGAAAGGCAUGAUAUUUUCACUUACAAGGCUCGACUGGAAAAGAAGAAGUAUGCCCUUCAUCCUGGAAUAACAGACUACAUGGAUCGUUUCUUGGAGGAACAGGAGGGUGUGCGCGAUCGCAGUAGUUCACCAAACGUCCACUGUCUGAUGCUGUACGGCGAUGCAAAACGCCAGAGGACCAACGCUAACUCGACAAGCAACGAAGAGCCUAGCUCCGGCGGUGGAAACAAGUCAGGCCUUGACAGCUGGGAUGGCGCAACAACGACGAACGCUUCCAGCACAACCACGACGACAUCGGCCUCAGGAACUACAACGAGCUGUGCCAACGCCGAGACCUCACCCCCGGUAAACGCCAGUGGCCAUGCGGAUCCCCUUGCCCUCGAGCACCUCCACAAUUCAUCAUUAGCGGCCCCGGGUACCGGCCAGCUCGACUACGCUAAGGCGAGCAGCAGUAACAACGGCGCUGGCGCAGAGUCGAGCUCGGGCCCGAUACCCUGGCCUACCACUAUCAAUGCUAAUGUCGCUACCACAAUCCCAUCGUCAUCAUCAUCUUUAUCAUCAUCCGUUUCUUCAUCAACGAUGGCACAGCAGCAGCCACAGCGUAAUCACAUGCACCACCACAUGCAACAGCAGCAGCAACAUCAGCUACAGCCGCUGUCGAGCACGAAUAAUAGUCACAAUCAACAGCAACCGCUCAGCAUUAAUCCUAGCCUAAUUGGCAGUAGUAACAGUAGCAACGAUGAGACAGCGGCUGCAGUCGCGGCUCGAUCGCCCGAAAACAUUUUGCCCCACUUGCCACCUUAGCACACCGCCACUACCAUUUCUGCUUUCUACACCGAUCCCAGAUGGGGAGAAGCGCGUUGAACGCGCAAUCGCUCUCCUUACUAACUCUUCUUUAUCUCUGAUUUAAGCAUUUUUUACUGUUCUUUCUGUGACUAUUUUUUUAUGUUUUUUUUUCUAUAUAUACCUUUGUCUUAUGCGUCUUGUUUUCUCUCGCUUUUUUGUAUUUUAAUAAUCACACCCGCGACACUGUUUACACACAUCCAGCUGAGAAAAUAAGAAAAUGUAUUUGCAAUUUGCGCCUGGGAGAAUUUUCUAUCAAUAAGUACAAUAUUGGUCCGGCCUGAAAUUGAUUCUGGCAUCGUUGCGAUAAGCGUUUUGAUAGGAAUAGUUUCUGUUUCUCGAUAUUGUGGUCACGAAUCAUAAUGUUGUAGUCCGAACACAUGAUAUUGAGUGAAAAACUAGAAGCAAAAUUACUUAUGGAUACUUAUUUUGGCUUACUUUUUUACGCAAAAGUAUUCAUUUUUUAAUGAAUUUUCCGGCGAUAUUGACCAACACAUCCGAUAAUACAUGAGAUCCAGGAUGUAUUCCUAAAGUUUGCAACAAUAACUGAAUCAGGUAUUUGAUAAGGAGGUCAAUAUAUUACUUUCUUCAAUUAUGGCAAUAAAUGUAAAGCAACUGCGUGGUGCCUAUUUCAAAUGAUAUAAAUUAACUUUUUUCAAAAGAAAAAAAGGUUGAUAAAAGUAACACUAAACUGAUAGUUUAAUUAAUUAUGAAUAUAUGGAAAUAUGUAUAGCUCGUUAUUGGUAAAUGUUGUGAAUAUAUUUAAACGCUUUGAUUUUUACACAUUUCUAUAUAAAUAAUAAUUAUUAACUUAAAAUUGUGAACUUGCUAUGAGACAUUUUAAAAUACUAAACAAACGUUGAGACUAGAUUGGGUGAAGAGUAGUUUUUUAAUAAAUUAAAGAUGAUCAGAAGAUGCCCAUUAAUAAACAGUCAAAAAUUGCAUACUAAGAAACGAUUAAACGGGCUAUAAUAAAUUUCCUUAUUGAGCAGUCCUGCUUUUUUACCUAUGUCCAUUUAUGUAUGCAUGUUCAUACAUACAUUUUCAUGAAAAUAUUUUCAUUAAAAGUAUUCACAAUGUUAGUUGUUUCCUUUAUUACAGAUUUAAUUAAAAAUUUCGAAGUAGAAAAUUUUCUCCCAGCAUCUGAGCAUUUAUAUAAUGUACACACUUACAUGCAUACGAAUACAAACACAAUAAUGGAAAAGAUAAAAAAUCGUAAUCAUCGCAUUCGUUAAAGCAACCUCGAAUUAUAUUUUUCUACUGUAUCACUAUAAGAUUUCAUUGUGUCUGUCAACGCUUAGAGUGAUUGCGAAGCGAAAAAACGCCCUAGCUGAAAUUUUCAUGUGAAAUUCUACAAAAGGAAAUUACAGUCGAAACUUGGCUGACCAUAUAUAGAUAUAUAAAUAUAUUAAAUUACUCGUUUAGCGAGUCGAAUAAAAUAAGAAAAUAUUACAAAAAAAUGGUAUAAAAAUAGCGCCGUCUUAUAAAGUACGGUUAUGAUUACAAUGGCAUUAACCCUCACAUCCCCUUUGUACAGGCGCGUUGUAAUCGCAACCGCGAUUAAAAAUUUUCGGAAUAUAUGUCUUUGUUAUUAAUGGAGAUAUUCUUCAGAUUGAUUGUAAUAAUAUAAUAAUAAUAACAAUAAUAAUAAUCCUUAAGAGAAUUCAUAGUUAUGUGGUUUUAACUGUAGUUUCCUAGAAAAGAGUUUAAUUAUAUUACAAUACCGACUCAUAACGACGGUGCUUUUAUUGAUUUUUUUUUCGGCAGACACUGUGAUGUAAGAAUCAUCAAAGCAAAUGAAAAUCAUAUAGAACUAUAGAUCUUUUGUUUUUUUGCCAUUCAUCUCUUGUUUUUAUACUUUUGAUCAAAUUAAUGUUGUAGAAGUAGAAUACCAAAGUUCGUGUGAACACGAUUUAUUGAAAAAAUUAUA